CCCGGGAACGUGCUGGGGCCCCGCGAUUGUUUUGGUCGAAGGUCAACGCCGGUUAGCCGUGAUAUUGACAGAACGAUAUUGCCCUAGGGCUAUUGGGUGCAGAAAUUGAAGCGUGCGCGCAUUGGUCAUUUUGAGGUCUAAGUCUGGCACUGUGACAAUGUCAUCUCUCCAAAAGCAAGCACUAAAAAUGAAGUGUCCUCUUCCACCUAUGGGAAAUGUACCAGGAGCUUCUGCUGGCAGCAGGCGUAGGCGGGACCUGACACCGACCACCUGGCAGCGGUAUUUCAGCUCUGCUGAAGAUGUCCAGCUGGAUGGAGGAGACGUGUUCCAUGUGUACCGGUCUGGCUCCUCCGGGCCGCUGCUCGUGCUCUUGCACGGCGGCGGCUUCAGUGGGCUCACCUGGGCGCUCUUCACGGAGCGGAUAGUGCAGAGUGUGGACUGCCAGGUGCUGGCCGUGGACAUGCGCGGUCACGGCGAGACGGCCUCCGCCGACGAGAAGGACCUGUCCAUGGAGCGGCUGGUCAGUGACCUGACGUCGGUGGUAUCGGCCGUGUACGGGCCGGCCGCGCCGCCGGCCGUCCUGGUCGGCCACAGCCUGGGCGGCGCGCUGGCCGUGCACGCGGCCCACGCCUGGUGCUGCGGCCCGCUCGUCGGCCUCGUCGUCAUCGACGUGGUCGAGGGCACGGCCGUCGACGCGCUCGGCGCCAUGCACACCUUCCUGCGUGGCCGGCCCGAGCGCUUCGCCUCCGUCCAGCACGGCAUCGAGUGGUGCGUGAAGUCCGGAGCUGUCAGGAAUGCAGAAUCGGCGCGCGUUUCCGUGCCGGGACAACUAAAAAACGUGAAGACGGACGCGCCGGCCACCCGUGACCUGGAGGAGGAGGACGAGGACGAGCAGGAGACUCCCGCCGCACCGCAGCCGAGCCCGCCGCCCACGGCCGCCCAGUCCUACACCUGGCGGAUCGACCUGGCGUCGACGGAGCCGCACUGGCAGGGCUGGUUCCGUGGCCUGUCCGGCCUCUUCCUGUCCGCGCCGCCUCCCAAAGUGCUCCUGCUGGCCGGCAUAGAUCGGCUCGACCGCGAGCUCUCCGUCGGCCAGAUGCAGGGCAAGUUCCAGAUCCAGGUGGUGCCCCGCUCUGGUCACGCCGUGCACGAGGACGUGCCGGACCGGGUUGCCGGCAUAGUCGCCACCUUCCUGGUCCGCAACAAGCUCACGCACGCGCUGGAUGGCUUCCAGACGAUACCUCCCGGCUGCUAGACGUCCGACGGUGUGUGGAGUGGUGUGUGACAGGAAGGCGCUGACUCAAAACGGAUUGAAAAGCAGGCGCGCAAUGGCUGCUGGUGUGAUGUCGAAAAUGUGUGACGUGUUACGUAAUUGUGAUCUACGUUUUGACACGUGCCGCUGAAGCCAUGUACUUAAUGAUGGAAUGUGUGGUACCGUAAUUUGCAACAGCAGUGUUCCCUGCUGACUAAUGAAAUAUAUGUCCGAUCAACCUGUGUCGGGCCAUUGACUUAUGACGUACGACGUAUGACGUGUGACGUGUGUAAUAGACGAGGCCGUGUCCUCGCCCGAUGUCCGGAGGCCGGGCGGUCGUGCGCCGCGCCGUACAUCCGCUGGCGCUGUAAAUGAUCGUAUAGACUUGGUGCACUGCAGUGCCUUAUGCCACUACAGAUCAGAGGCCACAUCAAGGAUGCAGGGGCUCAUGCGGGGCUCAACAUCACUUGCGUGCUCACUUGUAUAUGGCUCCAUCUGAAACCGAAGUCGACCACAUUUUGGUUGUCGCUGCAAAUGAUUGCUUUAGAUUUGUGCAUCGGGGCCGGGGUUUAUUGGAUUAUCAAUGAUUCGGCUGAGAUAUGAAUGUAGAUAGCCGCAUAUUCACGUCGUGUUUGUGCCAGCUGCAACGCAACCAUAUCUUUUCCCCUCAAAAUAGAUGUACUUUCGGCUUCCCGUAUCCCACUGAACGGUACAUCUCCUUCGCCGACGGCAGCGGAACCGGGCCAUUCUGCACGGAAUCGAGGU